UUAUUAUUAUUAUUAUUAAUUCCUAAAUAUCCCAAGCCAAGCAGGUCAACCUCGACGUGAACGCGCAUUACAUAAACACGCGCCGAGGUUCCCGCGAGUGCGCGCUCUCUCGACAGCGGGCACGAGCGGUCCCUUGUAAAUCACUGCAAUGGCAGAGGAGUAGGGGAGGGUGGAGGACACCGGCUACAACCCUGCCUCGCCUCUGCGUGUGAGCACACAGCAGCGUAGACACACGGCAGGCAGGCAGGCAGGCAGGCAGGCAGGCAGAGCACCAUCACGGGGGCAACAAAGGGACGCAUGGUUCAUCCAAGGCGUCAAAUGAAUAAAUGAUUCAUUGAGACAAGUUCCACUUGCAGACACACCUUUGAUUGCAACUGUCCUCACCUCAAAGGGUGUAAUAGCACUGUACAGUCAUGGAGCUGGAGCACUUUGACGAGCGGGACAAGGCUCAGAGAUACACCCGAAGGGGCUCGAGAGGGAAUGGGCUCCCCAGUCCCACUCACAGUGCUCACUGCAGCCUGUACAGAACCAGGACGCUGCAAGCGCUGAGCUCAGAGAAGAAGGCCAAGAAGAUUCGUUUCUACCGCAAUGGGGACCGCUACUUCAAAGGGAUUGUUUAUGCAAUUUCUCAGGAGAGAUUUAGGUCUCUAGAAGCACUCCUGGCUGACCUCACUAGAUCUCUGUCAGAUAAUGUCAACUUGCCCCAAGGGGUGCGGACCAUAUAUACCAUUGAUGGAAUGACAAAGAUCACCAGCAUGGACCAGCUGGUGGAAGGAGAGAGCUAUGUUUGUGCAUCCAUAGAGCCCUACAAGAAGAUGGAAUACACAAAGAAUGUAAAUCCCAACUGGUCGGUUGGUGCUAGGACUGCUGCGUCCGUCCGUGACCCUGUUUCCCUUGGUAGUGCCACGGCUGGAAUCCCAGAAGCCAGAGAGACCAAGGACUUCAUUAGGCCCAAACUGGUAACCAUUGUCCGCAGUGGAGUAAAGCCUCGCAAGGCUGUACGGAUCUUGCUCAACAAGAAGACUGCACACUCCUUUGAGCAAGUCAUGACUGACAUCACAGACGCCAUUAAGCUGGACUCAGGAGUCGUCAAAAGGCUAUUUACUGUUGAUGGCAAGAUGGUCACCUGCCUUCAGGACUUCUUUGGGGAAGACGAUAUAUUCAUUGCUUGUGGCCCCGAGAAGUUCCGUUAUCAGGAUGACUUCAAUUUGGAUGAAAGUGAAUGCAGGGUGGCCAAGUCUGCAUCAUAUGGCCGGCUCCCCCACAUACAAGGUCGCUCUUCCCCAAGAAGUGGUGGGAUGUCCCGCAGGAGCAAGUCUCCCUCAUCCACUGGUUCAGCUAAUGGCACUGCAGGCAGUCAGCUGUCGACGCCUCGAUCUGGAAAGUCUCCAAGCCCCUCUCCAACCAGUCCAGCUAGCCUCCGAAGACGACAGGGAUCUCUGCACAGUGGCUCUUCACUCUCUUUAGCUUCUACCAAGGUUUGCAGCUCGAUGGAUGAAGGAGAUGGGCCUGGCAGUGAAGACCUUUUGUUUUGCUCCACAGCUGAGCCAAUGGACGACUACCCUUCAGUCCCUGCGUCCAUAGCAGAGAGGUACAAAGUGGGGAGAGCUUUAGGGGACGGAAACUUUGCUGUGGUCAGGGAGUGUGUGGAGAGAUCCACUGGAAGAGAGUACGCUCUGAAGAUCAUCAGCAAAGAUAAAUGCAGGGGAAAGGAGCACAUGAUCCAGAGUGAAGUGUCAAUCCUUCGCCGCGUGAAACAUCCCAACAUCGUACUUUUAAUUGAAGAAAUGGACACCCAUAGUGGGCUUUACCUCGUAAUGGAGUUGGUCAAGGGGGGCGAUCUCUUUGAUGCAAUCACCUCUUCUAACAAAUACACAGAACGAGACGCCAGCUGUAUGCUGUUCAAUCUGGCAAGUGCCAUCAAGUACCUGCACAGUCUCAAUAUUGUCCACAGAGACAUAAAACCUGAAAACCUGUUGGUCUAUGAGCACCACGAUGGUAGUAAAUCUCUGAAACUAGGUGACUUUGGCUUGGCCACCUUUGUCAAUGGGCCCCUCUAUACCGUGUGUGGCACACCCACCUAUGUAGCACCAGAAAUCGUCGCUGAGACAGGAUAUGGCCUCAAGGUUGACAUUUGGGCAGCUGGUGUCAUCACUUACAUUCUGCUGUGUGGCUUUCCUCCUUUCCGUGGCAGCAGUGAGGAUCAGGAGGCUAUCUUUGAACAGAUUUUGAGGGGCCAGCUUGAUUUCCCUGCGCCGUACUGGGACAAUGUGUCUGACACGGCCAAGUCUCUGAUCACAGGGAUGCUGCAGAUAGAGGUGGACCAGAGAUACACAGCUGUACAGGUGCUCGAUCACCCCUGGGUCAAUGAUGAUGGUGUGUCAGAGAACGAGCACCAGCUGCCUGUGGCUGGGAAGAUCAAAAAGCACUUCAACACCGGGCCCAAGCUCAACAGCACCACAGCCGGAGUGUCAGUCAUUACCACCACGCCACUUGAUAAGGAGAAGCAAGUUUUCCGACGAAGACGCCACCAGGAUGUGAAGACCACCGCCCACGACCUGCACGGUAUCGGUGCCAGCGCCUCCCCUGGCCUCUCCCCCGCCGACUUCACCUCUGAGACUGAAGACUAUUCCCCAAGUUCGGCUGACACUGUCCGUUCGCCCACCUCUCCGUUCUAACAGCCUUCCUGGGGCCACAGCACCGACCACCCCUCCAUGGAAAAGUGUGAGAGGGUGGAGUGCAAGACGGAAAAACCCGACACUGGGUUCAGUCUGCUGACUUUGGACAUUCAGACUGCAUAUUAACCUGUACCUAUUUUAUUUUUUUCUGUCACAGUAACUUUAUUUUAUUUCCAAAAUACGGUGACCAGAUUAAGGGGCGGUUCCCUGGAUCAAAGAAUACACCUUAAGAGCAUGCAACACUCUUUAACAUAUUUUCCCUUUUCUUUCGAAAAAGCCACCAAACUGUUUAAGCCUUAUUUCUACACGGCAAGCACUGGUUCAUUGUAGUACGCUAGAGCCCUCUACUGGUUUAUAUCGUAUACUGCAGGAAAGACAGCCUGCUACAUGAGGCACUUAGCUAUUUAACGGAAGGUGUAAAUGCAGAACAUUGAAACCUUCGCCUCUAAACAUUAAAUUACACGAUUUUGUGAUAUGACACAUUUAGUGCAUAUCACUUACCAUACGGACUUAAACACAGAUUGCUUGUUUAACAUUAGCCCUCUCAGUACAACAUUAAUGCUAACAGUCACCUUUCUGCUGUACCGUAUAACAACUAGAUUACUUUGCUGUGGUACUUGAGGUUGUGGUGCAUAAACCUUAGACACUGUCUAAGAGAACUUAAGAAACUGAAAAGACAUGCUGCUAUAUUGUACCAUAAGCACUGCCUAUACUGAAGUUUUUUUUUUUUUUGGGUGUAGGAGAAAUAUUGUCCUGCCACCCAGUAGCUUGCCUCUUAGAGAACUGAGGGCACUAAUGUUUGAUUGUUGCUGGUCCAGCUUACCUGUGUGCUUGAGGGUGAUCAUUUAAGCAGUAGUUAUGCUACGCGUCCGUGAGAGUGUGGUGGUACAGAUGAAUCUCAGUGCUGUGUAGUUGGUAGUAAGUGCCUGUGUAAAAACCUUGCCUUGGCACAUGUGGAUUUAAGUGCAAUUAGGUUUACUGCCCAACGAGCACAGUUUCAAAUUUUGUCCUUUGCAGUGCUGGAGUAAGUGAGAAUGGAUCUGUUGCUGGUAUCAUUGGUAUCCAACUGACGCACUUCUCUAUCAGAGGGAAAUUAGCUCUUGCGCAACAUGGAAGUUUUUUUUAUUUUUUUCUCCCCACACACACUGAAAUAAGAAACAAGUUAAAUGUUGGUAAACAGCAGUGCUUCCAGCAAAAUCCAUUAUUUCAAUAUUUGUUCACUCUCAGUAGCUUAGUUGAACUUUUUUUUUUAAAUAAUCAGAUCAAACAAGAUGACUAAAGAGGUCUGGCUCACUAGGCUAUAUUUACUACAUGUCCUCCAACCACUUCAUACAUUGGUUCACCAGAGACCAUAUACUAAUGGAUGUGAGUUUCCUAUUCCUUUCAUCAGAGACUGUAACCUGCAUGUCUGCUUGUAUGCAUCCUAAAUCAGUUGUUCAGGUCUUUUACUACUCGAUAUACGCCUGUCAGAUAUGAAACCAUUUCUGUUGUAAUUGUACACGCUGUCUUGGUGAACGCAGUUCGGUUAAAGCAGACUAUAGUCACACCACAGCCGAGUUAAAAACCUGUAUAUACAUAUUUUAACAAAUGUAAUAUCACACCACUGACUUUGUUGUUAAAGGGCUUCUAAGUUUUUGACCUGAAGGGAGUGAACCAAAAAGCACAAGGAAAGCAAGCUGUGAUAGUGACUUUUUGGGAAUGUCUUUGCUUUCAAAACAGUAUCUGUUUUUCAUCAUCUGAAAAUAUGUCAUGUUUGUAACAGUUUGACAAAAUGGCACUCAAAGACAACUGGGUAUGUCAGUAUUACAUAGAAGCAGAUGGAGAAUGUGAAUGCUGUAUUAUUCAUCCAUAUUCCAUUAAUGUAAGAAUGUUAUAAAACCUGAAUGAGGAAAAACCAGUAAUACACUUUUCAAUUCAGUUAAAAAAACAAAAACAACUUAUCGUAAAAAAGCAAACUUCCAACAAUGUACUCUGCAACGAAACCAAACCUGGAAAUAAAAAGGCUUUCAUUAAUCUGA